AUGGUGGUCCUAAAGGUGAACGUCUCCGAAAACGAAGUGAAGGAAAACGCUGGGCGCUGGGCGGGUCGUGAGCAGCCAAAGAAGGAGAAGUCCAAAGAGCAGAUCAAGAUGGAUGAAGAGCUGCUUGAGUGCGCAUUCGAUGGCGUGCUCGAGGAAGUCCAGGCACUGCUAGACAAGUCAGCAGACCCGAUGUCCAAGGAUGGCCGUGGAAACACUGCUCUCUCCGAGGCUGCUGUACAAGGCCAUCUUGAAGUGGUGAAGUACCUGCUGGAUUGGAAGGCGCCUAUUGGGAGUGACCCAAACGCAGCUGGGAAUGAUGGCCGUACUGCUCUUCAUCGUGCGUGUUUUCAGGGGCACCAGGCGGUUGCUCAGCUGCUGCUGGAGCAUGGCAGCGAUCCUCGCACAAAGGACCGACAUGGAGAGCUCCCCUAUGACAUGGCUAGCAACGAUGAGACACGAGCAGCGCUGGAGGCUUGGGACAAUACGAAGACAGACGCUCUUAAGGAGGAGAGGGCCAAGGCAGUUGAUCUGGAAGAUGAGAAGAAUGUUCGUAAUGAGGAGGAGCGGUUGCAGCUGGCACGCCGCAAAAAGACCGCAAAGCUCUGUGAGCUGACUGAGCACGGCGAGAAGGACGCUUUAGAACUGGAGCUUUUGGACAUCGAGCGCAAAGAGAUUCCUGCAUACCGUGAUGACCGUGGAAAUAGCAUACUUCAUCUUGCGGCCGCACACGGCCGCCUGGAGAUUGUGACAAUGCUUUUCGAGAGUUUCGGUUGCGGAGCGAAUCCCAGAGACUCCAAGGGCUGGACGCCUAUUGCUGUGGCUGCAUUUCAUGGCCACAAGAAGGUUUGCCAGGUUCUUAUGGCAAAGAAGGCUGAUCCUCAGAUGGAAAACGCCUACAGGAAGGACGCCUUCGCCGUUGCCAAGGAUGAUGAAAUCAGAGACACACUUAAAUGUGCGGAUGCGCCAUCCGAGGUUCCAACAAGCAGUGCGACUGCAGGCGGGGGUGCCGCGCGAUGUGGAGCGAAUCCAAGAAAAGUGACAACAGGCGCGGAGAAGCGCGAAGCGGAAGACGCCCCUUCGGCUGAGGCCGAAGUGGAGGUUACGGAGAAGGCCAAGGCCAGUGGCCUCUUCGACGGAGCGGAAUUGCACAGGGCGGUAGCUUUGCACAGCUUCGCCGGAGGCGAAAGCGAAAGGAAAGGUGCGGCUCGCAGGAUUUCAAUAAUUGGACUCAAGUUCGGAUCGUGUCCAACCUCAUCCCACUAUCGCAAUGCAUGUGGACACGGUUGA